AUGCAGAAGAAGACUUGGAUCUUAAAUUUCUCGGUGUUCUUUCUCCAUAUCUUUACAUCUUCGAAAGCAUUGGAUGUUACUCAAUUCGGAGCCAUUGGAGAUGGAGUCACAGACGAUUCUCAGGCGUUCUUGAAAGCCUGGGAAGCUGUCUGUAGCGGGACAGGGGAUGGGCAGCUUAUUGUUCCAGCAGGGAUGACAUUUAUGUUACAGCCCUUGAAGUUUCAAGGUUCUUGCAGAUCGACCCCUAUUAUUGUUCAGGUUUUGGGAAAUUUGGUUGCAUCGAGUAGAGGUAACUGGGAAGGAGACAAAGAUCAAUGGAUUCUCUUCUCAGACAUAGAAGGGCUUGUGGUUGAAGGCAACGGCGAGAUUAACGGCCAGGGUUCUAGCUGGUGGGAACACAAAGGCAGUUCUAGACCAACCGCUUUGAAAUUCAAGAGCUGCAACAACCUUAGACUAAGUGGACUAACGCACGUAGAUAGUGCAAAGGCUCACAUUCACAUAAACAAUUGCAACGGUGUGAGCAUCUCAAAUCUCCGGAUAAAUGCACCGGAAUCAAGUCCUAACACUGAUGGAAUCGACGUCGCAGUUUCAUCCAAUGUUAUCAUCCAGGAUUGCUUAAUCGCCACCGGUGACGAUUGCAUUGCGAUAAACUCAGGGACGUCUAACAUCAGAAUUUCUGGUAUAGAUUGCGGACCAGGUCAUGGAAUAAGCAUAGGAAGCUUGGGAAAAGAUGGAGAGACAGCUUCAGUGGAGGAUGUAUGUGUCCAAAACUGUAACUUUAGAGGGACUACUAAUGGGGCUCGGAUCAAAACCUGGCCGGGAGGAUCAGGUUACGCACGAAGGAUUACUUUCAGUGGAAUUACCCUAGAUAAUGUCGAAAAUCCGAUCAUAAUCGAUCAGCAUUACAACAAUGGAGGUUCUGAGGAAACCACAGAUGAUAAGUCAUCUGCGGUGGAAGUAAGCAAAGUUGUGUAUAGUAAUUUCGUGGGGACGUCCAAGUCAGAGUACGGCGUUGACUUUAGGUGCAGCGAAGCUGUACCAUGCACAGAGAUUUUUAUGAAAGACGUGAAAAUAGAAACGGCAUCAUCAGGAUUAGGACAAGUCGCGCAAGGACAGUGUUUAAACGUGAGAGGUUUAGAAUGUUUAGCACUUUCCACAAAUAUGUUUUCAUCGUCGGAGUUUCCAGAACAAACUUGUAUGCUGCCGCAACCAUCAGUGCAACCAAAUACACGUCCGAUGCAAGAUCCACUAUGGGUAUAUGGAAGCGGAGGGAAACGACUCAGAGUUUUUAAUCUUGUAUUAAAUUCAUUUAUCUUUGUGGUUUUAUAUAUGUUUUAG